GAGUGCCGAAGCGAGCCACGGGGAAUUGAAUCGGUCGAGGUCGAGGGCGAGCCCGAUCGAAUUGCGAUUUGGUGCGACUGAACACGAAAGGAAACCAGAAUGUCCUCUUUCUUCAUCGUUCGCUUGCCCGGAAGCUGGAUUGGAUUGUAAAACCCUGGCCCUGCUGUUUGAAGAGUAGGAGGAGAUCGUGGCCCGUUCUUGAGUACUGCGAGCCCCGAUAUCUGUCUUCUGACUCCGCCUGAGGAUCGAGCGAGCUUGCGGGCGGGCGGGCGGGCGGGCGGGCGUGCGAAGCUCAGAAUCAUGAGUAUGUGGCAGUUUUUGGAGGCUGUGCUGAUGAUGACCAAUGCCCUUGCGAUUCUCAAUGAAGAUCGCUUUCUCGUUCCUCAUGGCUGGGGAUUUUCUGAGAUGUCAAACGGGAGGGUAUCCUCGCUGAAAAGUCAGAUCAUUGGAUUGCUUCAUGCCGUUCAGUAUUUGAGAGUGCCACUGGUGGCUUUGAACACUAUAACUGUCGUUUUGAAGCUCAUAUUCGGCUAGUAUUCAAUGUUGUGUAGGAUAAAGUAUUGCGGGAAUAUAUUGAAGGAGCCACAGAAGCACACCACGUUUGGGCAUUUCUCUAUUCAUUUUUCCACUACCGUCGGAAGAGACGUUCCUCAUUCGUUGAAAGAAUAUCUGGAACCAAGCAAUUUCUGCCCUCAUGCGUUUCUUAUUAGCCCGGUACUUUAGCGAAGUCUCUCUACUGAAGUACGUCCAAGCCGGUGCCAGUUUUGCCCCUGGUGAAUUGCAACGGAGGAAGGAUGUUUAUCAUGCUGUAGGUGUUUCAAGUGUGUUGUUGGAAUAAAUCCAAAUGUUUUCACUUCAGCAGCUGUCCUGUAUUUCAUUUUGCCUCAAGGGUAAUACUCUUCGGUAAACAGCGUCGCACUGCAACAUCAGUCUGAAACUUUCUCGCAUGCUGCCGAGACCAUUACUCUCUGGACACUGAUUACGGAACAUGACUUUAGGGUUAGGGGACGUGACAUUCAUUUUGUAAGAGUGUGCACAGAAAUGAGCCCAAAUUUUCUGCUCUUGUUCUUUUUUUACUGGACAGUGAUGAAUCCAAGAGAAUUCGGUGGGUAUGGUUUCACUCGUGAGAAAUGGUCUAUAUUGUAUAGGCUUCAUCUUCGCGUUCUGGAGGGCCUGGAGGGCAAGGUGAUGUACUCGCAACACAACCGGAUCCUAGAAACUCAUCUUGGCCAUGAGGCUUGCGCGGUCGUAGAUCGUAUCACGCAGUCCCACACUCUUGCUACUGGCACAAGACGGCUUAUCAUAUUGCUUUUGAAACCUGAGGAAAUCGUACCAUAACAUACUUCUUUUUCUAAGGGAUCGUUAACUUGAUGUGUGCUUCCUGUAUUUUAUUUUGUAGCUGCCUUGACCUUGUCAAAGAGCUCUUUAUGUUGUGCAAUCUACCUUCCUCUGUCGU